UUGGAGCCGGAGGGAGCGCAGGGAGCAAGCUAGCGAGCGCUCGGAGCCCGGGCCAGCAGAGGGGGCACCCGGCCGCUGCCUGCACCGCCGCCUCCGCCGCGCUUGGGGGCCCCGCGAGGAGCGAGGGCGAGUCGAAGAGUCCGGGAGCCGAGCCCGGCGAGACCCAACUGCGGGAGGGCGCCCGUCCGGCUCUACCGCCUCCAGCGCGCGAGCGGGAGAGCCCCCCGCCGAUCGCCCCGCGGGCGGGAGAGCUGGGAGCGCAGGUCCCCGCAGCCCCAGGGAUGGUCUAGCCGCCGGCGCGAGGCUCGCUACUCGGCUCCCUGCUGGGGCUCGCCGCCUCCCGCCGAUCUCCCCGGGGCUGCGAGCCGGGGCGGCCCAGGCCGGAGAAGUUAGUUGUGCGCGCGCCGCGGAGUGCGCGGAGCGAGCGAGCGAGGAAGGCUGCGGAGCUCGGGGGCCAUGGGCUGGGGGGGCCGCUGCUGCUGCCCGGGACGGCUGGACCUGCUGUGCGUGCUGGCGCUGCUCGCCGGCUGCCUGCUCCCCGUGUGCCGGACGCGCGUCUACACCAACCACUGGGCGGUCAAAAUCGCCGGCGGCUUCCCGGAGGCCAACCGCAUUGCCAGCAAGUACGGCUUCAUCAACGUAGGACAGAUCGGGGCCCUGAAGGACUAUUACCACUUCUACCAUAGCAGGACGAUUAAAAGGUCAGUUCUCUCGAGCAGAGGAACCCACAGUUUCAUUUCAAUGGAACCAAAGGUGGAGUGGAUCCAACAACAAGUGGUGAAAAAACGGACCAAGAGGGAUUAUGACUUCAGUCAUGCCCAGUCUACUUACUUCAAUGAUCCCAAGUGGCCAAGCAUGUGGUAUAUGCACUGCAGUGACAACACGCACCCCUGCCAAUCGGACAUGAACAUUGAAGGAGCCUGGAAGAGAGGCUACACGGGAAAGAACGUUGUGGUGACCAUCCUGGACGACGGCAUUGAGAGGACGCAUCCGGAUCUGAUGCAGAACUAUGAUGCUCUGGCCAGUUGUGACGUGAAUGGGAAUGACUUGGACCCAAUGCCUCGUUAUGAUGCAAGCAACGAGAACAAGCACGGGACCCGCUGUGCUGGAGAAGUGGCAGCCGCAGCAAACAACUCUCACUGCACAGUCGGAAUUGCUUUCAAUGCCAAGAUCGGAGGAGUCCGAAUGCUGGACGGGGAUGUGACCGACAUGGUGGAGGCGAAGUCAGUCAGCUUCAACCCCCAGCACGUGCACAUCUACAGCGCCAGCUGGGGCCCCGACGACGACGGCAAGACCGUGGACGGCCCAGCUCCACUCACCCGGCAGGCCUUUGAAAACGGCGUCAGAAUGGGGCGGAGAGGCCUGGGCUCUGUUUUUGUCUGGGCGUCAGGCAAUGGCGGAAGGAGCAAAGACCACUGCUCCUGUGACGGCUAUACCAACAGCAUCUACACCAUCUCCAUCAGCAGCACCGCCGAGAGCGGAAAGAAGCCGUGGUACCUGGAAGAGUGUUCCUCCACACUGGCCACAACCUACAGCAGCGGAGAGUCCUACGAUAAGAAAAUAAUCACUACGGACCUGCGGCAGCGGUGCACGGACAACCACACGGGGACCUCUGCCUCGGCCCCCAUGGCCGCGGGCAUCAUUGCACUGGCCCUGGAAGCCAAUCCGUUUCUGACCUGGAGAGACGUGCAGCAUGUUAUUGUCAGGACUUCCCGUGCAGGACAUUUGAACGCUAAUGACUGGAAAACCAAUGCUGCUGGUUUUAAGGUGAGCCAUCUCUAUGGAUUUGGACUGAUGGAUGCAGAAGCCAUGGUGAUGGAGGCGGAGAAGUGGACCACUGUUCCCCAGCAGCACGUGUGUGUAGAGAGCACAGACCGACAAAUCAAGACAAUUCGCCCCAACAGUGCCGUGCGCUCCAUCUAUAAAGCAUCGGGCUGCUCGGAUAACCCCAACCACCAUGUCAACUACCUGGAGCAUGUAGUUGUGCGCAUAACCAUCACCCAUCCCAGGAGGGGUGACCUGGCCAUCUACCUGACCUCACCCUCAGGAACCAGGUCCCAGCUUUUGGCCAACAGGCUUUUUGACCACUCCAUGGAAGGAUUUAAGAACUGGGAGUUCAUGACUAUUCACUGCUGGGGAGAACGAGCCGCCGGUGACUGGAUCCUUGAAGUCUACGACACCCCCUCCCAGCUGAGGAACUUCAAGACUCCAGGCAAAUUGAAAGAAUGGUCUUUGGUACUCUAUGGCACCUCCGUGCAGCCAUACUCACCAACCAACGAGUUUCCUAAAGUGGAACGUGUCCGCUACAGCCGAGUCGAAGACCCCACCGAUGACUAUGGUACAGAGGAUUAUGCAGGUCCCUGCGACCCUGAGUGCAGUGAGGUCGGCUGCGAUGGGCCAGGACCGGACCACUGCAAUGACUGUUUGCACUACUACUACAAGCUGAAAAACAACACGAGGGUCUGUGUCUCCAGCUGCCCCGCGGGCCACUACCACGCCGACAAGAAGCGGUGCAGAAAGUGUGCUCCCAACUGCGAGUCCUGCUUCGGCAGCCACGGCGACCAGUGCCUGUCCUGCAAACAUGGCUACUUCCUGAACGAAGAGACCAGCAGCUGUGUCCCUCACUGCGCUAAUGGGUCAUACCAGGACGCCAAGAAAAAUCUUUGCCGGAAAUGCAGUGAAAACUGCAAGACAUGUACUGACUCCCACAAUUGUACAGAAUGUAGGGAUGGAUUAAGCCUGCAGGGAUCCCGGUGUUCCAUCGCCUGUGAGGACGGACAGUACUUCAACGGCCAGGACUGUCAGCCCUGUCACCGCUUCUGUGCCACCUGUGCUGGGGCGGGUGCUGUUGGCUGCAUUAACUGCACGGAGGGCUACUUCAUGGAGGAUGGGAGAUGUGUGCAGAGCUGUAGUAUCAGCUAUUACUUUGACCACUCUCCGGAGAAUGGCUACAAAUCCUGCAAAAAAUGUGACACCAGCUGUUUGACAUGCAAUGGUCCAGGGUUCAAGAACUGUACGAGCUGCCCCAGUGGGUAUCUCCUAGACUUAGGAAUGUGUCAGAUGGGAGCCAUCUGCAAAGACGGAGAAUACAUUGAUGAACAUGGCCACUGCCAGAUCUGUGAAGCCUCAUGUGCCAAGUGCUGGGGGCCGACCCAGGAAAACUGCCUUGACUGCCCCGUCACAAGGAUUUUGGAUGAUGGCCGCUGCGUUUUGGACUGUCCCUCGGGAAAAUUUGCAUUGAAGAACCAAUGCCAUCUAUGCCACUACACUUGCCAAGAAUGCCAGGGAAACGAGCCUUCCAACUGCACCUCCUGUGGAGUAGAUAAGCGAGGCCAGGAGCGCUUCCUGCACUUGGGGGAGUGUCGGGAGAGCUGCCCAGUGGGGCACUACCCUGCAGAGGAGCACGCCUGCCUGCCCUGCCCCGAUAACUGUGAGCUGUGCCACAGCGCAGACAUCUGCACGCGAUGCACAAAUGGCUACUUCAUGGCGUCCACCAACCACACCUGCCAGAAGUUAGUGUGCGGACCAGGUGAAGUCCAAGACCCAGACCUUGGAGAAUGUGUGCCUUGCGAAGAAGGAUGUUUGGGAUGCAGCUUGGAUGACCCAGGAACCUGCACAUCAUGUGUUACAAGGUAUUACAUGUUUGAACACCACUGCUAUAAAUCCUGUCCUGAGAAGACCUACACUGAAAAUUUGGAAUGCAAAGCGUGCACUAACAACUGUGACAUCUGUGACCAGAAUGAGUGUUACUGGUGUGAAGAGGGCUUCUUUCUCCGGGGUGGCAGCUGUGUGAGGAAAUGUGGGCCUGGCUCCUACAGUGACACGGAGAUGAGCAGCUGUGAGCCCUGCCACCCAGCCUGUGAAACCUGCACCGGCCUGGGCCAUGACGAGUGCAGCAGCUGCCCCCCGGGACUCCAGCUGCUGCAUGGGACCUGUGUGGGUCCCACCCAGACCCAGAUCGAAGGCAAAUUCUGGAAUGAACCUGUGCUCACUUCAAGUCCAUCUUUGGUGAAGAGCCUGCUGCAGAAGCAACGAAGGUGGAAGUUUCAAAUCAAAAGAGACGUUUUAAGAAAACAGCAGCCUUGUCAUUCCUCUUGUAAAACCUGCAAUGGAUCGGAAACCCUGUGCACUUCGUGUCCAAAAGGCGCGUAUCUGUUGGCUCAGGCCUGCGUCGCCUCCUGUCCCGAAGGCACGUGGCCCUCGGUGAGGAGUGGCAGCUGUGAGAACUGUACAGAGGCCUGUGCCUCUUGCUCUGGAGCCGAUCUCUGCGACAAGUGCCAGACGCGGCUGGAACACCCUCUCUUCCUCCACGAAGGCAGGUGCUACACCAGGUGCCCUGAGGGCUUCUAUGCAGAAGGCGGCAUAUGCAAACGCUGUAGCUCCCCUUGCAGUAAAUGUGAAGGAAAUGCCACCAACUGCCAAUCUUGUGAAGGGGGCCUUGUCCUGGACCAGGGAGCGUGCCAGGAAACCUGCUCUGAGAGGCAUGUGGCCGUGGAGGGGGUGUGCAAGCAUUGCCCAGAGAUGUGUCAGGAGUGCAUCCAUGAGAAAACCUGCAAAGAGUGCAUGCCUGCCUUCUUCCUACACGAGGAUAUGUGCCAUCAGUCCUGUCCCCAGCAGUUCUACAAGGACGAAGACGCCCGCCAAUGCUUCCCCUGCCACAAAGACUGUCUGGAGUGCAGCGGCCCCUCAGCAGACAACUGCGACCUCUGUGCUAAGUACUACUCCGUUCUCUAUGACGGGCAGUGCUUGGACAAGUGUCCAGCAGGAACUUACUAUGAAAGAAAGACUAAUGAUUGCAAAGAUUGCCCCAGGUCCUGCCAUACCUGCUCAUCACCUGGGACCUGCACGACCUGUCUGGAAGGCCUGAGGCUGAACAGCCAUGGGGACUGCGUGCCUCACAAGGAAUGUGCCCCCUCUGAGUACUGGGAUGAGGAGGCUCUGGGCUGCAAGCCCUGUCACACCAAGUGCUUCCGCUGCACGGGGCCCUCCGAGGACCAGUGUCACACCUGCCCGAGGGACAGCCUCCUCCUCAACACGACCUGCGUGCAGGACUGCCCUGAGGGCUACUACACUGAUGAAGACAGCCACCGUUGUGACCCCUGCCACAGCUCUUGUAGGACAUGCGAAGGGCGACACAGCACGCAGUGCCUCUCCUGCCCACCAGGCUGGUUCCAGCUGGGAAAGGAGUGUCUGCCCCAGUGCAGGGAAGGAUAUUAUGCAGCAAACUCCACUGGACGGUGUGAGAGGUGCAACAAGAGCUGCAAGGCCUGCAGGGGCCCAAGGCCCACCGACUGCCUGUCUUGCGAUACAUUUUUCUUUCUGCUCCACUCCAAGGGAGAGUGUCGUCGCACCUGCCCAGAUCAUUACUAUGCAGACCAAAAGACACACACCUGUGAGAGGUGCCAUCCGACUUGCCACGAAUGCAAAGGAAAAGGAGCGUUGCAGUGCUUAUCCUGUGUGUGGAGUUACCACCUGGCGGGAGGAAUCUGCACGUCGGACUGCCUUGUGGGGGAAUACAGAGUGGGAGAGGGGGAGAAAUUUAACUGUGAAAAAUGCCACGAGAGCUGUGUAGAAUGCAAAGGACCCGGCGCCAAGAACUGUACUAUGUGCCCCGCCAACCUGCUGCUGGUCAUGGAUGACAGCCGCUGCCUGCACUGUUGCAACACCUCUGAUCCCACCGAUACCCAGGACUGCUGUGACUGCCAGAAUACCACAGAUGAGUGCAUCCUUCCAGCAAGUGAGAUCGGGUCUGCCCCUGAGCAUUCGAAGACAGCCUUGUUCAUCACCUCCUUUAUUAUGCUGGUGCUUCUGAUUGGGGCAGCUGUGAUCGUCUGGAGGAAAUCGCGGGGCCGAGCCCAGCCAGUAGAGAAGGGCUAUGAAAAGCUGGCUGACCCUAGCAAGUCUUACUCCUCCUAUAAAAGCAACUAUCGCGAGAGCACCAACUUUGAAGAGGAUCAGGUGAUUGAGUACAGGGACCGUGACUUUGAUGAGGAUGACGAGGAUGACAUAGUCUACAUGGGCCAAGAUGGCACUGUCUACCGGAAAUUUAAGUAUGGGUUGCUGGAUGAUGACGAUGAAGAUGAGCUGGAAUAUGAUGAUGAGAGCUACUCCUACCAGUAA